AUGCAGCCUCGUGUCGAAGACGAAGACGAAGACGGACCUCCCCCGCCGCCGCCUGUUCAUCGGUCCCGUAUGGCCCAGCCUGUCCCACCUCCUCAGCAACCAGUUAGCCAAUCUGUAUCACCCUACAAGCCCUAUACACCCGGACACUCCCCCAAUGCUUCGCCUAUGCCGGCUAGUCUCGUUGCUGGAUAUGAAAGUGAGGACGCUAUUGAGCGACAUGUGAUUGAAAAUCGCGUCCGCAGGCCAAGCACUCACGUCGAUAAUGAUAUGAUGAUCGCCCAGCAACCAUCACCGGCAUCUAGUCGUUCGAAUACACGGGCUCCCUCCCCCUAUGAUGCGCCGGUUUAUCCCCUCAGAACAUCUCCAAAACCACUGGACGACCGAGCCAGUAUCUCGAGCCGGGAAUAUCCCAAUACGGAGACUCGUAUGGUGACCCGGAAGUCGGUGAGCCCAAGACCUUCAUCCUCUGAUUCGCGCGGGGGCCCCUCUAUUCCAUUUUCCCCCGAUUCCUAUAACAACUUCAAUCCCAAUGCCGCACGCUCGGCCACUGCCCGCGAUCCAGUACCGGCAUAUGACUCGCCCUCCCAAGCUCGAGAUGCCGCGCUACGAGCAGAGAUCGAGCCUACUCGAGACCUAAGCCAACCCAUCAUCGGUGAUGACGGUCGUGAGAUUGAUCCAUCAGAUCACUUGCCAACCGACACAUGGGCACCUGAGCCAGAGCGAAAGAACCGGAAACCGGAGGUCAUCAUUCGGUUCAAGCACAGCCCCAGAGACCGACCGACGUCUCGAGGAAACGAUACCCCAUCCCGCACCGCAGGCCCACCCCGUGUAGGAUUCCGCACGGAGACAACUACCUACGGUGCCGAUCGCCCGGGCAAGAGAUACACCCCCACCCACGUACACAGCUCCGACUCCAUAGAUCGAACGCCCCCGCGAGUCGAUCGUGGUCAGGAUGGCUAUGCGAACAGCUACGCCCACGGUCGGGGCUACAGUACCCCGACCUCAGUUGACCGACCACGCUCUUCUCACCGCGGCUCCGUGUCCCCAUCGCCGAGCUCUCGUUCUCCUCUGUACGAUUAUAACGCUGGCCCUCCGAUACCGUCCAAGGUACCAAUUUCCGGUGCUCCUUCCUACCCUGUGACGUCUAGUAACCCCAGUAGCGGUAACCCCGGGAUGGACGCACUUAGCCGGGAACUGAAGACUAUUGACAUUGGCUCUGUCGCGUGCAGUCCGAGUCGUGCAGUUCGGAAAUAUGCCCCACCGCGUGCCUCAGCAUCGAUCGGCUAUGCCAGUUGA